CGAAUUCUGCUGACAGCCCGACUUUGUUUAAUUGAAUCGGAACUGGGAAUUAGGAACUUACGGAAUAACAUCAUCGCUUCAACUUUCAAGGACUCUAGUGCGUGAACUCAAUUCAACACAAAAUGGUUGUUUGACCCGAUAAUACUCGACCUUUGUUGGCGCUAGGUGCUAGGUGUUAUCUGCAUACUGUGUCGUGUUCGCAGGUCUUCACAAUUAGGGCCACCUUGUCCCUCCUACGCCCUUCUUGGGUCGUCGUCACCAAAUGCGACACCCAGUAGUCGAGUCGUUUCGAGGGAUAGAAGACCACGGACAGCCACACUUCCAAGGUUGCCCGGCUUCAUGCAACCUUCCGGCCAUGAUUCACCGCCUGGGGGUGGAUCACUCCCUUCAUCCCCCGUACUAUCCCAGGCCUUAAGGGUCCAGAAGAGCCGCCAUACUCUCAACGAUGUCUCACCACUUUAUAACUCCGAAAUCAGCCUACCAUACCGACGAUCACAUCCCUCUGCCGCUUCUCUAUAUGCUUCGACUCUGUCACCUCCGGGUUCGAGGUCCCAGUCGCCUGUUGGUCGUCCACCAUCACGACUAGCAUCCGGUUCCGUCUUCGGCGCAGCAUCGAACAACGCCCUUGCACUCGUCUCUAACGUUAACGAUAGCCCAGGUGAUCCGCUUAACUUAAUACUUAGAGCAUUCGUACCGCACGUGGCCGUAUAUUCAUCCGAGGAUACCGAUAUCUUAUUGAAGGAGAAGGGGUUUGCGCGUGGCUUAUGGGAGCUACUUCGACCGUUCGGCGAGCGAGUCCAAGGCAAGGUUAUAAUACGGGAUAGUAAUGGAUCUAGUCGGACGUAUGAAGAUUAUUCGAUACAUUUCGUCCAAUUCGGAGAGGGUGUUGUACACCCAGAACCCGUAACAACCGGGUUGAGGUCGCAAGUGCCGAGGACGAACGGUGUCUCGGAGAAGUCGAACGAUAGGGGCCAAUCGAGACAAGGGAUCGCAAUCGCUGAUGUAGAGGCUGUCGUGGACCGCCACCUGAGGUAUGCUGAAGAAUCCUUCUUCAGUUUACCCCAGAGUCCUACAAAUAAUGGCCUAGAUAUUGAUGUGCCGUCACCAUAUUAUGCCCUAUACCUGCGAAGGUUAUUGUCUGGCCUACCCUUAACGCCGCACGAGACGUUUGCUCACCCGGUUGCUUGCGUCAUCGCGAUAAGUUCUCGCAACCAAACUCCAAUAGAGACACUACGGCGACUGUAUGCCGAAUCGAGCACGGGAGACAAGCGAUUGCCUAAUUGGGUCGAUGGAGAGUUCUUGCGCUACUAUGUCUUAGUUCACGAAGAAGAGAGAGACGAUAUUACGAGAUCUAUGUCCCUUUUUGAUCAGAUGAAACGAAAUCUAGGCCUCCACUGUCACUUACUCCGUAUAAGGGGAACACAGAGUGUCGCUACUGAUGAUGAUAGUAUACCGCUUCCCCGAAGCGAAUGGAUGUCAGCUUCGGAAGAGUUAGUUGAUAUUCGGAGGAGCGAAGAUCAAGAGGAUUUUGAGGACCCAACUAGGUACAUAUUCGAGUCGGACGCGACCGCAAUACGCACUUUCAUACGUGAAAUGGUAACCCAAUCUAUAAUACCGACGAUGGAGCGUCAUGUGUCAGUAUGGAAUGACCAGGUAGCAUCGCGGAGAAGAGGAUUAGCCGGCCGGUUUGUUGGUCUAACAAAACGAUGGGGUUUCGGUGGCAAUUCUAGGACAUCGUUCGCAGGACCGGGCUCUGGAAGUAACUACGAUUCUCACGGGUUCUACCGACAGGACGCCCCAGAAGCGAUAAUGCGAAAGCUGGCAGACUACGCCUUUAUGCUACGAGACUGGAAGCUAGCCCACUCCACAUAUGACCUCCUGCGUGGCGAUUUCAAUAACGAUAAGGCGUGGAGAUAUCACGCAGCAGCGAGCGAGAUGACAGCCAUCAGCCUUCUCAUCAUGCCUCAGAACCUAACGGCCAAAUCAAGAGCGGAAAUGAUAGAUACCGCCUUUGAAGCUGCCUUUUACUCGUACAUAACACGUUGCAGCGCGCCUUACGGAGCACUGCGAUGCCUUGCUCUCGGUCUAGAGCUCUUGCGCCUACGCGGCGGCUCGAGCGUCGACGAAGCCGCGAAGUGGGGUCUUCGACUACUGGAAAGUAAGAUUACGGGACCAAUCGGAGACGCGUUGAUCAAGGAACGCCUCGCCGUCUGCUAUGCCUCUAAGCAAGGCAUGGGGACGCACCGCUGGGGCAGCAGACGGCGGAAAUCAGCGCUCUGGAGUGUUCUUGGCGCCGAAGCCUGGGUCAUGCAGGGGAAGUACAUACAGUCACAGCGGUGCCUUAACGAAGCCCGCAAGACGUACUCGGACCUGCCGAGCGGGAACGGCAUCGAUAAAUUCGCGUACGCCAGCGCGUUCGUGCUGGGCAUCGGAAACAAGCUGAACCAGAACCUCGAGGCGGCGGACCAGGACGACGACGAAGAUUCGGAUGACCAGGGAGAUGGUGUAGAUGAAGAGAGCGAGGCUCUAGAGGAUAAUACGAGAGGACGACGUAUUAGCACGUUGGGACUCCCCGGGAGCGGCGCCGGCGCGGCAAGCUUGGAGACGGCGCCGUUGAAGGCGCAGCUUGAUGCUACAGAGGGGGAAAAGGAUAAACAGGAUACGGGCGAGGCCAAGGAUGAUUUUGGUUAGUUACUGUAGAUGGUACGGCAUGGCUGGUUGGCAUGGGGCAUGUAUGGUUUUAGAAAGGUCCUUCACAUGAUACUGUUUUGUAUGGGGGUAACUAGUUACCUAACCUAGGGGAAUGACUACACACUUUUUUCUUCUUCAUUUCAUGCGAUAGCGGAUUCUCGAAUUCGAGGCCCUGGUUUGUUUGGGGGUUUAGAUUAGUGCUUGUAUAUGUUUCUCGGUGUGUUCUACUUAGGCGUGAUGCGACUUGAAUGAGUAUGAAGGGCGUAGAUUGAGUCUAUCUUAGAUGAUCUAAAUAUGUUCGUGUACUUAAGUAGGGUUACUUCGAACGACAAUACUCUUCUUUUAAGGUCAUCAAUUGCUCGUGAAUAGUCUUAGAUACCAAUAUAGCUGUAGUGAAGUUAUAUAAA